UCCAGGGUCGUGGUCCGAUCUGGUGAUGGAACCUCGAGCUGCUAUCACACCAAACACAGCGUUACCGUGGAAACGCUGCAUCCACCUGACUCUGCUGCUGGUCCAGCUGAGUAUCCAUGAAGUCGGAGCUUCCUGUCGGAUCCUGAGGUGUAACUCAGACUUUGUGGCAGCGACGUUGGACCUGGGCAGCAGCAGCAGCAGCGGUGCAGGUGGUGCAGCAGGUGGUGCAGGUGGUGCAGCAGGCGGUGCAGCAGCCGUGUCAGCUCUCAGCAGGGAGGCGGUGAACGCUGGUUACUGCAGCGCCCUGCGCUCCUACGCCCUGUGCACCCGGCGGAUGGCGCGGGCGUGCCGCGGCGACCUGGCGUACCACUCGGCGGUUCAGGGUAUCGAGGAUCUGUUGAUCCAGCACCGCUGCCCCCGGGCCGGGCCCACCGUCCAGCCCCGCCUCCAGCCUCAGGGCACGCUGUCAGGUGACUCCUGCCUCUACGAGAAGGGCUUCUUUACCCGGGAGGGCCGGACCCCCGAGUACCUGCACUGCGGCGUGUUCGGAGACCCCCACGUUCGAACCUUCAACAAUGACUUCCACACCUGCGCCGUGCAGGGGGCGUGGCCUCUCGUAGACAACGAGUACCUCUACAUCCAGGCCACCAGCUCGGCUGUGAGGGGCGGGACUCACACCACAGCGCUCACCAAGAUCACGAUCAUCUUUAAGAACUGGCGCCAGUGUAUAGACCAGCAGCUGUACCAGGCGGAGCUGGAUAACGUCCCGGCGGCGUUCGCUGACGGCUCGGUGUGGAGCGGCGAGCGGCGAGGUCACCACAGCCUGCUGGUGUCCACGCAGAGUCCCGGCCGCCACGCCGAGAUCCGCGCCGCUCACAUCGGCACGCUGCUGGUGGUGCGGCAGAGCGGCCGCUCGCUGAGCCUGUCGCUGCGCUCGCCGCGCCGUAUCGUGGCGGCGUUCGGCCCCGAGCAGGACCUGCAGCUGUGCGUGUGGGGGUGUCCCGCCUCGCAGAGACUCAACACCCACCGGCCGCCGCCCGCCUCGCCGCUUCCCGCCGCCGCCGCCCGCGCUCACUGCGCCGCGCUGCUUCCUGCGCAGGACGUUUACUACCAGGCCUGCGUGUUCGACCUCAUCGCCACCGGAGACCUGAACGCCAGCUCGGCCGCCGUCGCCGCGCUGCAGGACGCCCGGGACAUGAUCUCUGACAGGCACAGAGUCCACCUGCCGCCGCCGGCCGCCUGCGCCCCCCCAGCAGCCCCCCCCACACACACACUGGGCCGUUACCAUGGUUACCGCAUCAUAGGACUCGGGGGACAGCAGGAAGUGUGGAUGUCUGCAGGGCCGUUACCGUGGUUACCGGGGACAGGCUGGGACGAGCUCUCAGCCGCCACAAUAAAGCGCUCUUUGUGUGUGUGA